AUGUCGGAUCUGGCAGGAGGAGGCUUUGUACCUCUGUCGCCUUCGUCCAUCGCUUCCUCGCACACGCCAAACUCACUUCCACAACCGCGAAGAACUCCUCUGAAGCCUGGUGGUACCAAGGAGUCGAGAUUGAUCCGCCAUGUCGAUCAGCGAUUGCUUCAUAUUCAACGACGUUUUGCAAAGAGAGACCCUUCGCUCGCCACAGAAAAGAGAUUACAGCAAUCAGAAGAGUGGAACGACGUACAGGGAUACUCUGGCUUUGGCGAAGCUGCAAAAGAUGUCGACGAGCUUAUUGCCGUUAUCUGGAUCAGUGGAACUCCUGCCUUGCAAGUGCCAUACCUGAUCAACUUGGCGCUUCUUGUCAACACAAUGAUUCCGGCUUUCCCACUCGCUCCUCGUCAGCUUUUCAGGCUUCUGGGCAAGCUAGAUCAUGCCUUUGCUUCGUUGAUUGUAGGCAGAGAUGUUGCUACCGAUGAGAUACUGCCUGGUUUCAACACGGGCCGUGGUGUCAGUGGCACAGAAAAGGUCCGCAUAAAGAGCUUGGUUGAGAGGACAAGAGUAUGCGUUGUUGGUGUCCUGAACAGAGGAGAGUUUGAUGAAGACGACAAAAUCACACCUGAGCCUUCGGUAGAAGAUACUGAUAUGGAUGGUGAUUUGAUUCUGGACGAAGAUGACGGGCCCGAAGAUAUCAACGUCGACGACAUUGAAGAUGAGGAUGAUUGGCAUGAGCAAACAAGUAGAGUCUACGACAAGACCAUGGUAGAGCUAGGUGACUCGAUGGAUGGUCUUCCAAUCGGCAUCGUAACAGAAAAUAGAAUCGGAACGUGA